UUAACAAUCACCAAAUUUUAAGCAAAGUCAAAAGGUUUAGGUUUUUAGAAUCAAAAUAAAUUAGUUACAUAAGAUAUGGAAAAGCAGUUAUACAACACGAAACAAAAGAGUUUUAUACAAAAAGGCUUGACAUUGUGGAGUAAAGAUAAAAGCCCCAAUAGCGAGCAGUGCAAUCAAGAGGAGCAGUCGCUACAGACCGAGGUCCUCGACGACUUGGCCGUGGUUCCUUCCAAUCUUCAAGCGAAUAGCCAAGUUCAAGUGCAGUGUAAAGCUUUGACCAAUAAGAAACGAGGACACAUUCUGCAGAAUUUAGCUGUAGAGUAUCGCAAAUUGGUGCAAGAUAUCGAGUGGCAUCUGCCCAAGAACGAACCAAGUUCGGGAGUGCGUUUGGCCGCUGCUGUGAGCACAACAUUAUCCAGAUAUAGUCAACUGGGUGGACAGCAGGAGGACUUGCAGCUGCUGCAACAAGAGGCAAGCAAUCUGUCCAUUGGUUUUGUCGAUCUUUUUCGACAGCGCAUGUACUACGAUCGUUUGGGAAUACCGUUAACUGCUCUCGAACUAGUCUACAUGGGGGAUACGGAGCGUGAAUGGCGACGAUCGCGAGCCAAGAGGAAUGAGUACUCGAUGAUGAGGGAUCGAUGCCUGAAGUGCCAAGACAACUGCACACAAACUGAUCCCGAUGAUGAUGGUAGCGAUGGGCGACUGCUUGGCGGUUAUCGACCAUCGAUAGUCUGCUCAUGCGACUAUGUUGAGCCGGAACCAGCGGCACCACCGGCACCACCUGAGCCACAAUCGGAGCAGAGCUGCAACUGCGAUGAGUGUGUGCAACGCAAAAGGGAACAAGGCUCUUUUUAUCGGUCAUACAAUUCGAAGCGUGCUGACUCACGAUCUUCUGAUCGGAACUACGAUACUAAGAAUGAGAAAUACGACUUGCGUUCUAGCAAGUUCACUGAACAGAAGGCUGAAUCUCGAUCUCGAUCUCAGCCCCGAUCUUAUGCUCGGUAUCAAACUCUUGAACAGUCGGACACAUUCGAUAUAAAUUGCUCUCACUGUCGAGCUGCGGAAAGAAACAAGCGUAUGUUACAGCGGGAAUCAGUUACACCACCACCACCACCACCACCACCGCCACCAUUAAUGCCUCCACCAUCACGAAAAUAUCCACCUCCACCACCACCUCCACCUCCACCACCUCCACCACAUGUUGGCUUAGUCUGCGAUCGUCAGGAUCGCAAGGACUCAAAGUGCUUGAAUUGCCGGGAAUCCUUGAUCAAUCUACAGAAACAAAAGUCGUAUGGUUAUCGCCAUCGUUAUGUGUCCGGUUCAAGCGAUGUCGUCUCAGAUGAUAUACAUGAUUUAGCUGUACGUCGAGCUCCGAAGCUUUUCAAUAUACCCGACCAGGUGGCUGCACAGGCGAAAAUAAGUGACUUCAGGGCCGAAAUUGGACCCGAAAUGCAGCUAUUGAUGACACCUCGAACAUCUGAAGUGUCAGUGGAUCGCAAUGUUUCCUAUCUGAUGGAGACCAAGUCGAUUGAGAAUACCGACGAUUUUGUAAGCGCAUCACAAGCCGAAUAUAUCACAGCAACUGAGCAGACUGUUUCCGUUGGAUCCUUAUCGAGUGAUAAGACGGUAGAUUCGAUAGACCUACUUAACGAGGUAUGGUACAAUCCUUCCGCCUUUGAGAAGCCCACCAAGCAAGCCGCAGGACAAGCAGAUAUGCCCGAAUAUAACCCAAUUAAUAUCUUGCAUUCAGGCUAUAAGGGCACACCGAUCCUGGAUGAUGAUGCCGCCCAGUUAGCCCUCAAUCGAACUGAUUGCUUGGCUAGAAGAUUUGAGAAGUUGACCAACGAGGAGAAGGCCCAUGAGAUUUUAAUGCGUUUGCGGCAGGUACGCAUGUUCCAAAAACAGGACAGUCUAAGAUACCAGCAUAAAUUGAUCUCUCUUAUGGGACUGGAAGAAAGAAAGGACAGUGCGACGAAAAUAAACAGUUUACUCUUCUCCUGUCCAAUGGGUAUGAAGGACUGUCCACGUCUGAUUAGCGAGGCUCUUCUCUCCCACUUCCUGAAUGUGCAUUUGAAUACACCUGGAAUGGAGCUCUCUGAGGUUUCCGAAUGCGACAAGAUGCUGAUCAAAUUCAAGCCAUCAACCUUUGAAAGAUCUCGCAAUGUUUGCCUGUCCAUGAUUGUGCACACUGGCUUCAAGAACUUCUCGUUCGCUUCUUCCAUCAAGCAUGAUAUGCCUUUCUACAAUGCGUGUUUGCCGGUCAAUUUUUCCAAAUUCACCAAACACUUGCCCAUCUUUGUGAUGGGCUGUCGCACCCGACUGAAGGUCAAUGAUCGCCAAAAGAGACGUUCCUUCAAAAAGUCAGAUCAACUAAAUUAUAUCAACGAAUUAUUUUCAUGUAAUUCUCUAUUCCAAAGUUCUAGCUCUGACACAACCGUCAAGUCGCAGAACGUCUCCGGUCGCGUAUCUGUAAAAGAAUUUCCUGGUGACGAGAUCGGAGAGAAUGUCAUGGCUCUAUGGAUGGUUAGCGUGGAACUUCCAAAGCCCAUUUACGUUCACAUGACCGUCUUUAAUCAACGUCUGGAUGUCUGUCGCACUUGCGUCAUGCAGGUUCGGAAUCUCAGCUCCAGCCACAAUGUCGAGAAGUUCUUGCCGAAGAGUAAGAACUAUAUGAGACUCACCGGGCAGGAUUUGCGAGUGUUAACAAAUAACUAUCAAGAGCCCAUUUAUCUGGAGAUCUCCGUUCGUCAAUUUAAACUGCCAAAAUCUAAGGCUCAAGAAAGUAUAUGACACCAUAGGUUUUUUAUUAUUUAGCGAUUAGCUGUAUUUGGCAUACGAUUUUAUUGGAAUUUUGGUUAUUAUCUCGCAUCACGUUUUUACAAAAUGUUCAAAAACAAAAUUCGUUUUAAAACUUUUCCAACUUUCCUCUCUCCCCUCUCUUUGUGACAUAGGAGGAAAUUUAAGAAAGAAGAAAUUGCUUAUUAAAAAUUGUACAUAGAAAGUAUA